AAUGGUUAAAAUUAUUUUUAAUAUUAAUGGAUAAUUUCAAAUUGUCUAAAUAUAGGAAUCUAUCUGUAUUAUAACAAUAUUUUUUUAUUUUCACCAAACUUGUAAAAUUACUUCUAUUUUUAAUUAAAUAUACACUUGUAUUUUAACUGUCUUUAAACUGCUUUUAAAACUGUACAAUAUUAGAUUAAAUAAUUGGAGAAAAUGAAGAAGGAAUCUAAAGGAGGUGUUUGGAAUGACUUUUUGAAAUUUAUUUCAAACCAUUCCACCGAAAUAAAAAUUAUCGCAUUUAUUACUGCCUACCAUUAUUUGGUUAAAUACUCUAACAAAUUUUCAAACACAUUCAGUUUUUUCAAAAGGAGGGAUGAUAUUCCUGAAUCUUGUCCAGGCCCUGGAACAGAAUAUGCCGGAUUGAGUAAAUCAUGUGAAGGAUGUCCUAAUAAAUCAACUUGCUCCUCCAAUAACUCAGCCAACUCACUUAACUCCAACACUCCUAACUCUCUGACUAAUGUUAAUAACAUAGUGGUAAUCGCUUCUGGUAAGGGAGGUGUUGGUAAAUCUACCGUAGCUGUUCAAUUGGCUUAUAGCUUAGAACACUUGGGGAAGAGAGUCGGCCUUUUAGAUAUUGACAUCACUGGCCCUUCAGUUCCAGCCAUGACUAACACUCGCCACUCUGAGGUCUUUGAAUCACUUCUCGGUUGGUCUCCUAUAUACGUCACUGACAGAAUGUGUGUUAUGUCAAUUGGUUACUUAAUGAGUAAUGAUGAGCAUUGCAUAAGUUGGCGUGGCGCUAAGAAAGACGCUUUAAUUAAGAAGUUCUUAACAAGUGUUAAUUGGGGUGAAUUGGAUUAUUUAGUUGUUGACACACCUCCCGGGACUUCAGACGAGCAUAUAACCUUUAUUAACACCGUUAAGAUGCUUAGAAGAGCUGACAAUAGCAGUUUGAUGGGCGUAUUGGUGACUACUCCUCAAAAAAGAGCAAUAGAUGAUGUAAAAAGAUCAGCAAAGUUUUGUGCUGAUGUUGGAAUUGAGAUUGUAAUGUUGGUAGAGAACAUGACAAACUCCUUUCUGGACCACAACACGGACCAAACUGAUGCUCCUGAUGAUAUGAGCGCUAAUGAACUAAAGGAGUUAUGUGAAAAGUAUAAAAUAGGUAAACACGUAACAGUUGAAUCUGAUCCCAAAAUAACACAAGCUGGAGAGUUAGGUCAAUUUUUUCAUCAUAAUAGUACAUUCAUCAACUUGGCUCAAACUUUAUUAACACUUUAAUAUUAUAUUUUUCUCUAAA